AUGGCAUCUCCCAGCACAGAACAACACCCCGAGGGUCUUAUUUCAGUCCUCGUAUCAUCCCGAGUUGUUGUUACUCUCCCUGAUGAUUCCCUUGUUACCACUCCCGCUUCAGUUGUCGUUAGCCCAGUCACUGGCAAGAUUGUGUCAAUCAUCCCCGAAGUCCUUCCCUCAUCCAGUUUCCCAGCCGGCACAAACUAUGUUGACCACGGUUCCAAGCUUCUCAUUCCUGGUCUGGUCGAUGCUCAUGUUCACUUGAACGAGCCUGGUCGAACCGAGUGGGAGGGUUUCUGGACUGGUACCCGUGCUGCUGCCAGCGGUGGUGUCACCACUGUGGUUGACAUGCCUCUCAACGCCAUUCCUCCCACCACUACCCUUCACGGCUUCGAGGAGAAGCUUCGAGCGAGCCAGGGCCAAUGCUGGGUCGAUGUUGGUUUCUACGGCGGUGUCAUCCCUGGCAACGCCAAUGAGCUGCUCCCUCUCAUCGAGGCUGGUGUUCGAGGAUUCAAGGGAUUCUUGAUCGAGUCUGGUGUUGACGAGUUCCCCGCCGUCUCUUCGCAGGAUAUCGCCUUGGCCAUGGAAACCCUCAAGGACAGCAAGACGACUCUCAUGUUCCACGCCGAGAUGAUCCCUCCCAUCACCCAAUCCGUCGGCGACACAGUCCAGACCUCAGAAGCACCCCUCGCUCCCACCGGUCAACUCGACGCCUACAAGACAUUCCUCGAGUCUCGGCCUCCUGCUUUCGAAACAUACGCCGUCGAGGAGAUUCUCAGCCAGGCGCAUAUUGCUCCUCAACUCCACCUCCACAUCGUUCACCUCUCUGCUACCCAGUGCAUCCCUCUCCUCAAGGCCGCUCGCCAAUCUGGAAUUAACAUCACUGCCGAGACCUGCUUCCACUACCUCGGUUUGACUGCCGAGGAGAUUGAGAAGGGUGACACUCGACACAAGUGCUGUCCACCUAUCCGAGAGGGCAAGAACCGGGAUGGCCUUUGGGAGGAGCUCGUCGCUGAGGAUUCAUGCAUCAGGACUGUUGUGUCGGAUCACUCACCUUGCACACCACAACUCAAGCUCCUUCCUCAGCACCUCGAGACAGCGCGACCCGAUUUGCCACACAACGACUCAGGUAUCGUGAUCCCUGCACCCGAGAUCGAAAACCCCGUCGCCGAAGGAAAGGGCCAUGGCGACUUCUUCGCAGCCUGGGGCGGUAUUUCGUCUGUCGGGCUCGGUCUCCCCAUUUUGCACUCCGCGGCCAAGAAGCGAGCCGACUUCUCCAAGACACCUAGCAUUACCGAUAUCGUGCGUCUCUGCUGUCAAGCCACUGCCGUUCAAGUCGGUCUCGCGCACCGAAAGGGCGCCAUCAAGGUCGGCAUGGAUGCUGAUAUUUGCGUUUUUGAUGAUACCGAGGAGUGGACGUUUACUCAGGGCGAUAUGCGAUGGAAGAACCGCUGCUCGCCGUGGGAAGGCCACGAGUUUACGGGUCGUGUCAAAGAGACAUGGCUGCGAGGUAACAAGGUGUUUGAGCUCGGUGCGCCCAACGCUGGAUUCGUGGUCAGCAAGCCGGUUGGCGAGCCCAUCACGGAGAAGCGAACAGUCUAA